CUCACCCCCUCACCCCCUCAUCCCCAGUGUCCUCUCCCGGCUCCCGUAGACAUUCCUCCGCUGUCAGUGCGCGGUGACCGUCGCUGAGCCACCACCACCACCACCUCCCCCGGAGCCCCGAGUGAGAACCAUGGAGGAGAUCAACAGCAUCGAAGUGGGUCCGUGCACAGAGUCCGACUACCUGAAGCCGUUCAGGGUGCACUACAACCAGAACGGCACAAAGAAAACCUGGGACUUCAUGCAAACCCAUGACAGUGUAUCAGUGCUGAUCUUCAACACCACCUCACAUUGUUUUGUCCUUGUCAAGCAGUUCCGUCCAGCUGUAUACAUGUGUGAGUGGGAAAGGAGCAAGAAGCAGGCGCCUCAGCCUGCUGAAAAAACCGAGGAGGGCGCUGCCGAAGCCGCGGCCCCAGAGUCUCAGGAGGGCCAGUCGGCCUCAGAGGGGGAGAGCUCUUCUCAGUGGCCCCCGGCCUCGGCGGGGGUCACCUACGAGCUGUGCGCCGGGCUGGUGGACAAACCUGACCUCUCGCUGGAGGAGAUUGCUCGGCAAGAGGUGCUGGAGGAGUGUGGCUACGAUGUACCUGCCGCUAAGCUGAAGAAGAUUACUUCUUACAGGUCAGGCGUGGGUGUAACGGGUUCCAAGCAGACCAUGUUUUACGCCGAGGUGUCCGACGACAACUGUGUGGGCGCGGGUGGAGGUGAGCCACGGGAGGGCGAGCUUAUCGAGGUGGUCAAAGUUCCGCUGCACGAGGCCAUGACGUUCGCCUACGACGAGCGUAUACCCAAAACCAUGGGCGUCAUUUUUAGCUUCAUCUGGUUCCAUAAUAACAUGUCUCCCAAGUACAAGAUCUCAACUAAUGUGUAACUGGUAUUCACAAACCUUUCAAAACAAUUAUUCCAAAUUAAAUGAAACACUGGCCCAGCACAUCCAUUCUUCCCCCUUAUGGCUCUUUAUCCUCUGUUGCCUUUUUGCUAAUCGGUACACGAUGACGGGUGGGCCCCUUGUCUUGUUGCCAGCAGGUUUCUUUAAGUUUUGUCCCGUUUAUCUUUUCAAAUUUGAUGUGGUCUUAAUCAUUUUCCUCAGAAGAACUUUGCCAUAGCUGGUUGUCUCUGGCACUUUGUAUUUCACGUUUUUUUUUAAAUUGUUGUUAAUUGUUUUGUUUACUGUGCCAUCUGUUAGAAAAUGGCUGGAUAUCACUGACUUCUUUUGCUUGCCCUUGAUUAGAGGAAUCCUCCACUGAUCGUAUUCUGGAUCUUGAAUGUUACCUUUAAAAUCUGUUGCUGACUGUGAGAAAAAUAUUAACAUUCCUCGUAAACUCGAUUCAACUGUUCCCGCGAGUACGUUCACGUCGCAUCAAUUAUCGUAAAUACAAUUUUCUGACUUUUCUGUCGGUAGCGUUUUUUUCAUCUGAAUCGUCAUCGUGUCAGGGAAGCAUCGAGUCAAAUCUGUUGAAUACGCCUCACAUCAAAGUCGUUAGAUAACUGUGUCAUUGGAAUCUCACAACAAUCUUGAUUUCGUGAACUCACAAAUGACAGACGUGGAAAUUUUCCACUUCUCCACCAUCCACCCUAUAUGAUGUGAACUUGGCAUUGAGCCACUAUGCUAACCAGCCACGUGCUCCUGGUUCCCUCCAGUCAGCUGACAUUUUUUAUCGUGCUAGUAAAAUGCAAACAUUUCAACCGACCUGAAAGGAAGAAUCUAACAUGAGCCUUCAGCUUUCUGAACAUGUUCUUAUCACUCAUGCUAAAUGAAAAAAAAAAAAACAGUGGAGCAUUCCUUUAAGCCGUGAUCCAGUAAUGCAAAGACUAUGCUGUUUAAUUGUGGGGCCUUGUAACGACGGAGGAGUGAGGCGUGUGUUUGUUAACCACCACUUGUUCAGGCACGCCUCAAUUAAUUGAUCUGAUCCACAGCCUUUAAGCAAUACUUAUCACAGUACCCCGGGCUAAGCUAUCACAGUGUUGCUGAACUCCUUCAUUAACUUUAACCAGUCGACAUAUUCGCAGACUGUCUUCACCGCUCAGACAAAGCAUACGCCUACCUCUGCACCGAGGGCCUGAUUAUCAGUGUGUCACUAUAGUCGAGCACAAUCCUGAUCUCAAGCGUACUGUACUAGGUUAGUCAAAGACACGACACACUGAGACUAAUGUCACGUAUUCACGGUUGGGAUCCAAAAAGCUACAGUGGGUUAAAGUUUAGUUUUUCUGUUUUUUUUUCUUUAGGGAACUUUUAAAUCUGCUUUGUUUGUUCUGGACUUUUUCAGUCUCGUCCACUUUCUGGAAACUUAGUCCGACCAAAAGAGGUGGGAUCAAGCUGAACCAUGGUUCAGUUCGUUUGCAGUGUUAAAAAAAUCUUUUUUUGGAUUCUUUGGACUUUAAAAAAAAGUCGCCUUCCAUCUUUGCCUCAAACAAUAUAUAGUUUGAACGACAAGGACGUUCAUUUGGCACAUUUGAACUAGUAUUGAGUACUGCAUCUGUUGAUGCUGGUAGUAAUACUGUAACUAUAUCACAGUGGGAACCACGCUAACAAAAUGAACUGGUUCAUUAAUUUUCAGUUUAUUACCUGUUGAAUGACGACACAAUGAUGUCACACACACGCCCGUCCACUAACCACUCAAUGUCAAGCGUAGAUCACAGAGGUGAUGACGACGGGACGUGCGUUUGUUGAGGACGUGUUGUUUUGGCUCAAAUGUGUGUGUCAAGGAAUAACAUGGAGUUAAGAUACUUUUUUAGUUUUUUUUACUUCUGUGUUACUUAUUAUUUUCUGAGAUAAAGACAUCCUGGAGUUUGGAACACACGAGUGCAGGUGUAGGAGCAUGUUCAGGAGGAGUCAACCAUCGGACACAUCGCCUUGAACAAUAAUUAAUCCUGGAGUUCCAGUGCGGAUACAUAUUGGAUUGUCAUUCACACGAACCCGAUCUCACAAAGUUAAAGUCAACAGCAGUUUGUCUAAAAUCUCAGGACCAAAUCAUCAAACGUUUGGCCGUUCAGGGAAAAAUCUCUGAAUGUGACGAUGACCAGCAUGUUAUGAUAUUAUUAUAUUUCCAAAAUCACUUGCAGCUUAGAGGCGACAAGGUUCUUACUCUUCUUACUACAGUAUGUAUUAGUAUUUUUCUUCAUUCAAAAAGGGCUGGUACUUCAUCUAUGAUUUAAUACGUGACAAGACACAAAGUCCCCUCACCUUCUCGUUUUGUUAAAAAUAUGCAAGUACUGAAGCAGAGCUGUUUUUAGAAAAUCACUGCCCACCUAAAAAAAAAAAAAUCCCCAUCUCAUUAUUUUUACAUUUCUAGAGUCGGAUAGUAAUAGAACUAGAAUAGAGCUACGCUGGCAGAUCUUCUCACAGCCGGUGAUUUCACGUGGAACCAGGGUUCAGAUCUUCUUAUAGUGCACCAGCAGAUUUUGGAAGUUGU